ACCGGUGUUGGAGCCUGCAGGAGCGCAGCUGACACCAUUCACACUGCCAGGAGAAACCCACCUGUGUCGCCGCCUUUAGGUGUGUUGGCCUCGCACUCGUUUCACCAGUCCCAACCCAAGUUUGCUUCUCAAAGUGCGCACAUGGAAAGAAGGGGCAGCUUUAGAUGAAACGCUGCAUCAAGUGAAACGAGGGAAGACGAGAACUGGCCGCGUGAAGAGGAGACACAGCUCGGGCACGAUGGAAACGAAUGGGAUCGAAAAGAGAAACGGUAUGGACGGCGAUGUGGACCUCCAGUUUCUCCUGAGAGGUGGAGACCUACUCAAGGUCCGCUCCUCGUCCUGGAAGAAAACCCGCUACUUCAAACUCCAGGAGGACUGCAAGACCAUGUGGCACGAAUCGAACAAAAUCUUCAAGUCCACCCAGACCUUUUCUCUUGAUGACAUCUCAGCGGUGCGAAUGGGCCGCCAGUCUGAGGGCUUGAGGAAGAACACAGAGGAGCAGGUGGAGUCCCGCUGCUUCUCCAUCAUUUUCAAGGGCCGCCGCAAGAACCUGGACCUCAUUGCCAGCUCAGACGGGGAGGCCAAGCAGUGGGUCGACGGCCUGCAGAAAUUGGUCUCCAACAUGAACAACCUCAGCGUCCAGCAGAAGACAGAGCAUUGGAUCUUCAGCUGCCUGAACAAGGCAGACAAGAACAAAGAUGAUAAGCUGAGUCAGUCGGAGGUGAAGGACUUCCUGCGCCUGAUCAACAUUGAAGUGGACGACGUUUACGCAGAGAUGCUCUUUCAGAAAUGUGACAAAUCACAGUCUGGAUACCUGGCCGGAGAAGAGAUUGAACAUUUCUAUGACUUGUUGACCCAUCGGGAGGAAAUCGACGUGAUCUACGGAGAGUACGCCAAAUCUGCGGGCUUUAUGAGUCCUGAGAACCUGGUGGACUUCCUGAUGAAAGAACAGAGAGAGAAAGCCACGCUGGCUGACGCGAACAAGAUAAUCGAGAAGUACGAGCCAGAUGAGAACGCCAAGCAGAAAAAGCUGCUGUCCAAAGAUGGCUUCAUCAUGUACAUGCACCAUCCAGAGGCCUUGAUCCUCAAUUCAGAUCACAAAGAUGUGUACCAGGACAUGAGCCAUCCUCUCAGCCACUACUUUAUCUCCUCCUCGCACAACACCUAUCUCAUGGAAGAUCAGCUCAAGGGGCCCAGCAGCACGGAGGCGUAUGUCAGGGCUCUACUGAAAGGUUGCCGCUGUGUGGAGCUGGACUGCUGGGACGGAUCAGAUGAUGAGCCAGUGAUCUACCACGGCUACACACUCACCUCUAAGAUCCUCUUCAAGGACGCGAUCCAAGCCAUCAAGGAGUAUGCCUUCAAGACAUCAGAUUACCCAGUUAUCCUCUCCUUGGAGAACCACUGCAGUGUGGAGCAGCAGAAAGUUAUGGCCCACCACAUGAGCUCCAUCCUGGGCAGUGCACUCAUCACCACCCCCCUGGGAGACAGAAUGCCCACAAACUUCCCAUCUCCAGAGGAUCUAAAGGGGAGGUUCCUGAUCAAAGGGAAGAGGCUAAACAAACUAGAGGCCAGCUUUUCUCCUGAGGCAGCUGCUGAUGACAUGGACGUGACAGAGGAGGAAGAGUCAAAUGAUGAAGAUGAGGAUGAGCAGAAGGAGGAAGAGAAAAGCAAGAAAAAGAAGAAGCUGAAACUGGCCAAAGAGCUGUCCGACAUGGUGAUCUACUGCAAGAGCGUCCACUUUAACGGCUUCGAGGACGCGAGAAACAACCUGAGCUUCUAUGAGAUGUCGUCCUUCAAGGAGGGAAGUGCCAUGAAGCUGGCAGAGGGGUCUGCUAAUGCCUACGUGCGUCAUAACGUGGACAAGCUGAGCCGUAUCUACCCAGCAGGCUCCAGGGCCGACUCGUCCAACUACAACCCAGUGCCUCUAUGGAACGCCGGCUGCCAAAUGGUGGCCUUAAACUUCCAGACCACCUGCCCAGACAUGGACUUAAACCAGGGCAGAUUCCUGGUUAACGGAAAGAGCGGCUACAUCCUGAAACCGGCUUACAUGAGGGACAGAGGCACAGAGUUUGACCCCAUCAUCCUGACCCGAGGAGACUGGCUGAAGCACAAGACGCUCCAUGUCAUGGUUAUAUCAGCCCAGCAGCUCCCCAAAGUGAACAAGAAGAAAUCCUCCAUUGUGGACCCGCUGGUUAAAGUGGAGGUACACGGAGUGCCAGCUGAUGUUGCUGAGAAAGAGACCAAUCAUGUUGACAACAAUGGCUUCAACCCAAUGUGGAAUGAAAACUUUCAGUUUGAUGUGUACGUGCCAGAGCUAGCAUUGGUACGCUUCACCGUCGAAGACCAUGACUCCACGUCCGACAAUGAGUUUGUUGGACAAUACGCACUUCCAUUCAACAGCUUAAAAAUGGGAUACAGACAUGUGCCUCUGCUCAGUAAGAACGGAGACGUUCUCCCCUCAGCUGGUCUCUUUGUACACAUCAUGGUCCUUGAUGCUGAGUGAGACGUCGCUGCCUGGCAUGUGCCUCUGCAGGACACAAGGACUUCCAUUGCACAGCCAUGUUUUAGCUGGUUUUACUUGGAUUUUUUAUUCUCUUUUUUCGGCUCUGUAGUUUUAGUUCAUGAUGAACUUAUUGGCUUAAACCCCAUGGUGAACUGCUGUAAAACAUUCUGAGGGGACAAUAGUGAGUUAAACUAAAGAUCUCCAUCUGCAACUGGAAAUGACUUGUAUUGGGAGGUGGCAAACACUGUACAAACACUGGGUUUGCAAGACUUUAUUGUGCCCCAUAUGAGUUGCAUUACAGGGACUAUUAUACAAGCUGUUUUAAUUGGUUUGUAUGAGUUGCACUAGCGUUUUACCAUGUUCAGUUUGCGAUGGCAUUGGAUUCUUUAAGACUUAAGCAUGUGUCCCUCAUUUCUGGUCAGUUAUUGUAUUGUCUAGUUAAAUCUUUUUACUCAAAUGACAAUUUCAUGAAUUCUGGAGAUACGGAAGCCAACAUACAAACAAUGUGCUUUGUCUUCAUCAGUAAUUUUAGUCAUCGAGUAUGAUCAUUUUUCAUGUGACAUCAUCACGACUACUUCUUGAUCUUUUCAUAAAUCAUGAUGAAGAUAAACGUUUUAAACACCCGUCUCGAUCCUU